AUGGCGCAUAAUUUGUUCCAAAGUCAGAUACUUGUACAAAAGGCCGUCGCCGCUGGCGCUAAGGUGGCAUUGUUUCUCCCCGAAGCAUCUGAUUAUGUUCCUGCAUCUCCCACUGAGUCACUCUUUCUUGCCCGACCUCUUCAGGAAAACGAUUUUGUUCUAGGACUACAAAAAGAGGCAAGGCUAGCAAGAAUACCUAUCAACGUGGGUGUGCAUGAGCCUGCCCCAUCAGGGCAAAAAGUAAGAAAUGUAUUGAUAUGGAUUGAUGAGAAUGGUAAAAUAACACAAAAAUACCAAAAAAUACAUCUUUUUGAUGUUGAAAUUCCAGGUGGGCCUGUUCUAAAAGAAAGCAGGAAAGCUGCUAACGGUUCCAUCUGGAUUUUCUGUUCCAGAGGCGUCGAAAAAGGAAUGGAGAUUAUUCCUCCUUUCGACACACCGAUUGGACGCCUCGGGCUAAGUAUCUGCUUCGAUCUUCGAUUUCCAGAACUUAGCCUAGCACUACGGCGACAAGGUUGUCACGUCAUCACGUAUCCUUCCGCAUUCACAGUACCAACAGGCCGAGCUCACUGGGAAAUUCUAUUGCGCGCCCGAGCUAUCGAGACACAGUCAUAUGUUGUCGCCGCCGCCCAAUGUGGAAAGCAUAACAGUAAGCGCACCAGUUAUGGGCACUCAAUGAUUGUGAACCCAUGGGGGGAGGUCAUUGCUAGAUUGGGUGCAGAAAGUGACCAGCCAGAAAUUGCUGUGGCGAAUAUUGAUUUGAAUAUCCUGGAGAAAGUACGGAGUGAAAUGCCACUUUUAAGAAGAACAGACAUCUACCCCGAGUUAUAA